CAUCUCACGUCCUGGACGAUAAACUCUGAUACUGAAAGUUUGAUCCCACCCUUGCUGAAUCAGAAUGUUUACGUCAAAAGCCUUUGUGAUUGCCUGUUGUUUAUACACUCUCGGCUCGUUGAUGACUGUUUCUGGAACCCCCGCACCAGGAAGUUUUUGCAGUAUGAAAGCAAAUGGUGAUUAUCGUCACCCAAUGGAUUGCUACGAGCACAUCAAAUGCAGCAAUGGAAUAGCACAUGUGUUCGACUGUCCGGCCUCCACCUUAUGGGAUGACUCUAAAAAACGAUGUGAAAACACUAGCGACUUACCAUCUUGCAACAGUCCUUUCACCUGCGUGGGACGCGCAGAUGGUUCAUACGCCAAUCCGACAGAAUGUACGUCUUAUUACGUUUGUGACGAACAAAUCACACACCUCAUGCAGUGUCCAGCAACAACCCAUUAUGACCCCACUAUGAAGGUAUGCGACCAUGCUGUAAACGUGCCAUGUCCAUGAAGGGCGAUUGGUUCCAACAACAAGGACUUUAUUUGGAUCUUGACAAGUUUCUUCUAAGUGUUGUUAUCAACAUGUGUUCCUCGUAAUGCAAAUGCGCUUAAAAACACAUAAAUAAAAAAAUAUCGAAACAAA